AUGCAGUAUUCACUUCUGUUUCUGUGUUUUUAUGCCUCCUUGAAAACAACCGAGGUAGUGGGUUUCGGCGGCCGUGCCGACGGAUAUGCACAGGAGUCAAUUGGCGGCCUGGUCGUUGAUCCGCAAGAUCAAGCUGAUCGUGAACGCAUCAAGGCCGAAAUGGAUGCCAACGCAGUCACCCAUGGGGAGACCGGUCUGCUCCUAACCCACUUCAAGUCAGAAGACGGCAAGAUGGUGCUCAACCUCUCCUGCAAUAAGUCGGAGCUCAGUUUUCCUCGGAAUGAAGACCCAAGG